AUGCCAUCCUCGCUUCCGGACCCCGCCCCGGCCCCGGCCCCGGCCUCCGCCUCCGCCUCCGCCUUGGGCCAAGACCCCAAGACCGUCUUCGUGACCAGCGCCACCGGGCUGGUCGGCAGCACGCUCUGCGAGCUGCUCAUCGCGCAGGGCUACUCGGUGCGGGCGACGACGCGGGACCUUUCGACGCCGGCGGCCCAGGCGCUGCUCCGCGUCGGGGUCCACCUCGUCCAGGGGUCGUGGGACGCGCCCGACUCGGUGCUGCGCGAGAACCUCGGCCGUAGCAGCAAGCUGUUCCUGUGCCUGCUGAUGGACCUGUUCGACGCUUCGCUGAUGCCGCAGCGGGCGGCGCAGAUGGCCCGCGUGGCCCGCGCCGCCGGCGUCACACAAGUCGUGACGCUGACGUCGCUCGGCUCGGCCAUGGUCGAGGACGGCGCGCCGCUGCUGCCGGUGCCGCUCAGCCCGUUCGCGGCCGCCGCGUUCCCCGCUGGCUACGACGUCGAGAAGGCGGCCAUGGCCGGCGGCUUCGACAGCUGGACGCUGCUGCGGCCGGGCUUCUUCAUGGCCAACUUCCUCGAGCCCAAGAUCGGCCUCGGCUUCGUCGGCCAGCUACGCGACCGCGAGAAGGGCGUGUGGCGCAGCUCCAUGGCCGGCGAGGCCCUGCUGGGCCUGGUCGACCACGUCGACAUUGCCAAGACGGCGGUGGCGGCGUUUGAGGCGCCGGCAAAGUUCCACGGCAAGAAGGUCGGGCUGGUCAGCGACGAGAUGCCGGUGCAGAACGCCCUCGACGGGCUGGCGCGCGCCAUUGGCGACGGCCGGAAGCUCAAGGCGGAAUUCAUGGGCGACGACGAGAUGAAGGCCGCCCAGGAAGCCGGGUCGUGGUUGUACUUUUGCUCAGACCCCACCGCGCGCUACAUGCACGACUACGUGGGCGACCUCGCCGAGAUUGGUAGCUGGAUCCCCGGCGGGCUGACGUCGUGGGACGCUUUCCUCGCGAGGGAGGAGAAGCUGGUGAGGGAGACUUAUGGGCGGCGCAUGAAGCGGAGGAGUUUUUGGUUAUUCGGUUGGAAGUAG